CCUUAUUGUUGUCACUUGACUUGACAAUGAGUUGUUUGUGUGUCAAAGUCCAGAGUGCAGCUGUGUAUGUGUGAGACACAGACUGAACAGUUUCUGUGGAUCAACAUGGAGGAAAAGAAGAUUUUGUGUGUCGGUCUGGUGUGUCUUGACAUCAUCAACGUGGUCGACAAAUACCCGGAAGAAGACACCGACAGCAGGUGUUUGUCACAGCGUUGGCAGCGAGGAGGAAAUGCUUCCAACUCCUGCACGGUGCUGUCGCUGCUCGGAGCCUCGUGCGCCUUCAUGGGCUCGCUGUCUGCUGGACCUGUGGCCGAUUUUAUUUUGGAGGAUUUUAAGAAGUUCCAUAUCGAUGUGUCUCUGGUGUCUGAGCACGCUCAGUGUGUUCUUCCAGCCUCUGUGGUCGUCAGCAACAUCAGCACAGGAAGCCGCACCAUCUUGCACAUGAACAGAAACAUCACCUUCGUCGUCACAGAGCAGCUCCUUCCUCUUCCUCGAGAGACGAGUCAAUGGAACCUUCCUGAUGUUACAGCGGAGGAUUUCUCCAAAGUCGACCUCCGUCAGUUCAGCUGGAUCCACUGGGAGGGCAGAAAUGCAGAGGAGCAGGUGAAGAUGAUCCAGCAGGUCAUGAUGUACAACAGCACGUUGCCACAGCAACAGAGAAUCACUGUCUCCGUUGAGAUAGAGAAGACCAGAGAGCCGCUGUAUCAGCUCUUUCCUCACGGUGACGUGGUGUUUAUCAGUAAAGACGUGGCUCGUCACUUCGGCUUCCUGUCGGCUGAAGCUGCUCUGAAAGGACUCUACAGUCGGGUCAAACCGGGGGCUGUCCUGGUCUGUGCCUGGGCAGAAAAAGGAGCAGAUGCUUUGGGUCCUGACGGUUUGCUCUUACAUUCAGAUGCUUUUCCUCCUAAAACUCUCGUCGACACUCUCGGAGCAGGAGACACUUUCAACUCUGCUGUCAUCUUCACCCUGUCCAAUGGUGGAAGUUUGCAGGAGGCUCUGACUUUUGGCUGCAGAGUCGCCGGCAGGAAGUGUGGUUUCCACGGUUACGACGGCAUUGCUGGAAAGUUUGACGACUGAGCAAAGACUUUAAGACAGAGACGUAUUCAGAGAAUGGACUGUUCUUAUAAGAGAACUGUGGUUACAGUAUGUAAAGAUGUUUGGUUUUAUAAACACAUUUUAAUUUUUUAAUGAUUUGAAAAAGAACUGAUUUAUUUAGCAAUCCAUUUAUAAUUAUAAUAAACGUUAUUUAUAUAGGGAGAUAAGGGAGAAACCGAGGAAGCAAAUAGCAUAAAAUAUGUGAAAAUAAAAAAAGACAAGGGAAAGCAUAGUAUGAAUAAAACAUGUAAACUAUGAUAAUAAAACGAACAGAGUGACCGUUAAAUACAUUUAAAAAAAAAAUUAAAUGUCACGGAGGUUGCAUCUCUCACAGUUCUUCUGGCUGGAAGAUUAUGAAAGAUGUUAGUUGUGGGACGACCUCUAGCUCCCCCAGUAAGAGUGUUCACCAAGGUAGACAGAGAAGAGGCUAUUUUCUUUAAUAAUGAACUGUUAAAUAACUUAUAAUUUUGUGAAAUUUAAAGAAAUGUUUGAACAUUGUACCUGAUCUUUUGGUGUCUUUGGGUUUGGUUUGGCAUGAAAAUAAAGAAAAUCAAUCAAUCUUACAGCCGUUGGGAGAAAGUUUCAUAGGUUGGGUGCAUCUGAUACGCCAGUUGUUUAAUUUGUGUGAUAAUUUGCAUUUAAAAAAACGGUGGCAGAGGAUCUAAGAGGCUGUGAAGGAUUAUAAAACAACAAAGAUUAAGUGUUGUAGGGUUACAGUUAUUUAAUGAAAAGUAAACCUAACCAUUAACAAGCUGCUAACAAAUAGUUUGAAUUAACUGGGAACUGCGAUGCAGUGAGUCUAAAUUAAGUGAAAUGUUGAAAUAAGUUAAUUGCUGUUUUUUUUACCUGAUGAGAAUAAAAUGGCACACUGAUCAAUAAA